GCCUGCGAAGUUUGCCGAUGGCAGCCGUUAUCCAUCCCCAAUAUUUCCAACUCCUCCGGUCUAACUUCCCACCAAAACCGCCUCCGCCACCGCCACCGCCACCUCCACCUCUGCUGUGCCUGACCUCCCUUUCUCUCCUCAAUGUCAAACCCCACCACGGCAAUCUCUUCUGCUUCUCUUCCAAAGCACAAUCUCUGCCUAUAUAUCCAAAGCUUCUUUCCCCUCUGGAUUCAAGUCUACUACCCGAUGAUCCUUCUUCGACGCAUGAAUUAUUUCGCCUUCUCUUUACUAAAUUCUCCUCCUUGCUUCAGCUUUCCGUUCAGUGUGGAGAUACCGAGCUCGCCAGAGCUGUGCAUGCCUGUAUUCUCAAGUUUGAGGAAGAUUCCCAUAUGCGUAAUGCUCUAAUUACGGUGUAUCUCAAGCUGGGUCUUUUUCAAGAUGCUUACAAAGUUUUCAUGGGUCUCUCUUGCCCCGAUGUGGUGUCUUACACUGCUUUGAUUCGGGUUUUGCAAAGUUGAAUAGAGAAGAUGAAGCGGUAAGGCUUUUUAUGAAGAUGAUGACUGCCGGUGUUGAGCCUAAUGAAUACAGUUUUGUUGCUAUUUUGACUGCGUGUCUAAAGUGUUUAGAGUUAGAGUUGGGUUUUGUUAGAAAUUGAAAAGAAGGAGAAGUAUUUGAAGAAAUGUUUAUUGCAUUC